AGAGCAGACUGGUGAUGAGAGAGAGCUUCAUUCACACAGCAGCGUCUCUGCAGCAUCAUCAUGUUGUUCUGCUGGGGAGCUUCAUCCGGAGGACAGCUCGCUUUUCCCGGCACUGGAGGGAAAGACAUCGCCACACCGACUUCAGUAAACUUUAAUGAACAACUCGUUCAGAUAUCUUGUGGAGAGCAGCACACUUUAUUCCUGACAGGAAGCGGUCAGGUGCUGUCCUGUGGCCGAAACUCUAAAGGACAGCUGGGACGAUCCAAGAGCAGAGACACCAAACUGCCAGUGAAGAUUGAAGGAUUGGGAGCUGUAGCUGCAAUAGCAUGUGGACAGGACCGCAGUUUGGCUCUGUGUGAUUCAGGUCAAGUGUUUUCCUGGGGAGCGGGUGGAGAAGGUCAGCUGGGCCACAGCAGCCCAGUGGCAAAAUGUCCCAAACCAGUACCAUUCCCGAUACAGUUACCCUUCCAGAUCCCAGUAGUGCAGGUGGCUUGUGGAAAUUUCCAUUCUUUGGCCCUAACAAAAGGAGGUGAAGUCUUUUCAUGGGGUCAGAAUAAAUAUGGGCAGCUGGGACUGGGGAAAUCAGUGGACCUGCAGCCUGAACCUGCUCUGGUCCGAUUUCUUGUCGGAGUUCCAGUCAUUCAGAUCUCUGCUGGUGGAGCUCACACCCUGGCCCUGGCUCUCUCAGCUCAAGUGUUCUGCUGUGGAGCUAACAGUGUUGGACAGCUGGGCCUUAAAAGGACUGAUGUAAAAGGCCGAUUUGCAGUAUGUGCAGUUCCAGCUUUGAGGAACUUGGGGGUUUCUUCCAUCAGCUGUGGAGCAGCUCACACUGCUGUCCUUACUAAGGCUGGAGAGGUGUACACAUUCGGAGAGGGAGCUGAUGGUCAACUUGGGCACAACUCCACCAAUAACGAGCUUCUACCCCGGAAAGUUGAAGGCAUUGAUGGACCUGCUAAACAAGUAACCUGUGGCAGCCACCACACUCUGGUUCUGAUGCCGUCUGGUGUCCUCUUCACAUUUGGCCGUGAUGUCCAAGUUCAGGCGAGUGGUGGCACUGAGAACAGCCUGCAGCCGGUAAGACUGGAAGGAGACUGGAGCAGCUCAGGAGCAGGGAUACACACAGAAAUGAAGAUAUCAUCUGGCUACAGUUCUAACUUUCUUUUCUUUCCACAUUCCAAGACCAAUAUUCUUGGAGAGCCAGUUGGAAAACUUGAAGAGGCCCAAGUGCAGAGAUGGGUUACAACGUUGGAGUGUGAAAGAAGCAUCAAAGAAAUCAAAAGGGAGAUUUUCUUGACUUUUGCCACAAGUUCAAAUCUCGUCGCCUGCUUCAUUAAGGACAGUAGAAAUACUCCAGGUACUAUUCAGGUUGACUUGAAUGCCGCUAGCCAGACGUUUGACCAGCUCCUGCAGAUUCCCUGGAUCAAGAACUCAAUGAACAUCACACAUGUUGUACACAAACUUUUGGAUGCUGCUAAAGUGAUGAGGUGUCCUGAGAUCUUCCUGCUUCUGCCCACGUGCUCCAUUCUUCAUGAACAGCUCAAUGUCAUUGAACUGGUGCUGCCGUUAGCUGUAGCCAUCACAGACCUCAAUGAGACUGCCAUGAAAAGCCUGAAGGAGUAUUUGUCCUCCAUGGAUCCCAACAUUAUGACAAAGCACAUCCGCAUGUGGAAACAAGCACUUGCCUUCCUCUUGAAGUCCAAUCUGUGGGUAAAUUAUAACCCUGGUGUGAAAGCAGUGCUGGAAGUCCUCAAGUUACUUUACAGGGGAAACAAAAGGGCGGAGAAGUCAAAGAAGGUUCCACUCAGUGAGUUCUACAUAGAAGAGAUCGGCACCACACUUCAGUUACUCGAACAGGAUGUUAUGCUGUGGAUGUACAUUAAGUCUGAACUAGUUAAGGAAGUGGAUCAGACGUCUGCCAUUUUCUGCCGUUACCCAUUUCUCCUGGACCUGCCAAGCAAAAUCAGCAUUUUCAAAUACAUUGCUAAUGUUACCCAGUUGGUUCAUCAGUUUGUCCACAUUGACGUGGUGUCUGGCGGAUUCUUUCGGGAGAUGUGCAAUUGGGAGGUCCCGACACCGAUCCUCCAGCUGAAAGUGAGACGCACUGCCCUGCUUGAGGACACAUUCAGACAACUUAAUAAUGCUGACCAUGACAACUUAAAAAAAACUCUAGUGGUGCAGUUUGUAGAAGACUCCAAACUGACAGAAGUUAACAAACGGGAUUUUUUCCUCCAUACGUUUAAUGAGCUUCUGGCCCCUAAAUCAGGGAUGUUCAUGUACAAUGACAGGCAGACAAUGAUCUGGUUCCCUGCCAAGCCAACGCUUGAAUUAAAACAGUACUUCCUGUUCGGGAUCCUCUGCGGCCUGGCCCUCUACAACAACAACAUAGUGCAUAUGCCCUUUCCUCUUGCCUUGUUUAAGAAGCUGGUCAAUGUAAAGCCCACUCUGGAGGAUAUGAUUGAGUUCAACCCUGUGAUUGGAAAGAGUCUGCAUUGUAUCCUUCAUGACUACUCUGAUGAUGUUGUUGAUGACUUGAACAUCCCUUUCUGUGUGCACUGGGAUGGUGCUGAUGUGGAGCUGGAGUCCCACGAAAAAGGAGAAUCAGUGACAAGUGAUAACAAGAAGGAGUUUGUGGUGGCAUAUGUAGAUUACGCACUGAACAAGUCAGUGGAGCAGGUGUUUAAUGAGUUUAAGAGGGGAUUUUACAAAGUGUGUGAUGAAGACGUGGUGAACUUCUUCCAGCCGGAGGAGCUCAGAGGAGUGAUGGUGGGCACAGAGGAAUACGACUGGGAUACAUUCAAACAGAAUACAGCAUAUGUUGGACAGUACCAUGAGAGACACCCUACUAUCAUUGCUUUCUGGGAGGUAUUUGAGGAGCUGACGCAUGAGCAAAAGAAAGCCUUUCUCUUGUUUCUGACAGGCUGUGAUCGCGUACCCAUCCUUGGGAUGGACCAGGUUAGGAUGACUGUGUUGGAUCGUCCUAACUUCACCCAGGACCACCUCCCGGAGUCCCUCACCUGCCACUCUUAUUUCAUGCUCCCUCCAUAUGAGAACAAGCAGCGUUUGGAGGCAAAGCUUAUUGAAGCAAUAGACCACAACCGAGGCUUUUGGAUAGAAGACUGAUCUUUGAAUAUUUAGGUCAUGCAUUGUUCUAAAUCUUAUGUGCUAACCAGCCCUGAUUAACUAAGAUCUCAGAAACUAGCACUCAUUUUCUUGCAUGUGCAAACAGUGGCUAUGUUGCAGGUAAUUACAAAGAAUAUUUGCAUGAACUGCAUCACUUACAAAGUAGGAAGGAAACACUAUGUCACUUAGGUUCUUGCAUGUACCAUUUGUUCACUUUAGCUGUGGAGAGUGCAAAACUGAAAUUCACCGACCAGGCAUAAUCACUUGUCCAGUAUAACACUGAUUAAAGUAAUGAAAAGCUGUGAAAAGCUGUUCAAAAUAUACCAAGAACUUAAAAUAAAAAAUAUAUUCUGUUCAUGAGCUUAAUCUGAAUGAAAAUCUUUUCAUAGGUUUUAUUUAAAUGCUGUUACCAUCAGAGGUAUGAAUGUGUGGUGAACAUGUAAUAAGAAACCAUCUUUCCCACAGUCAUAUUAGAUCCUUUUAUGAAGUUUUCUGAUCAUUUUCAAAUUAAAAUUUUCAAAGGUAUAAUGUUGAUAAACUUAGUCAUUAUAAAAUCAUAGAUAGCAGUAUAAUUGUGCAUUCAGCUGCUAGAACCAGGCUUCCACAAAUAUAAUACCUGUCUUUCUGUUGUACUACUUUGUGCAUACAAUCAUCUUUCCCAAAGUGACUUUCAGGCUGCAUUGCAGUAAAUCACAUUGUGGGUGCAAAUCUGAUAUAUUUAUAGAAAUACUGUCCUGUAUUUUGCACUUUUAGGUAGAAAUGCCCCAUAUUGCAAUUUCAUAUUUCAUGAAUAUAAACUAACAACAAGGUGCAAUCCUAAAAUCCUCUUGCACGUCUGUGGGUAUUAUUAAGAUUUUUCACACACACACAAACACACACACCUUUAUCUUUUACUUUAUACACUUGUUUCUCUUUGAUCAAAUCCUAUGUAACUGACCAAAUCCUACUGAGUCAGAGGUUUACACUAUCUACCUUCUUGUAACAGCUAUGUAUUAAGGUUUACUUCUUGUUACGU